CUUUUUUAUGUAUUUUGUUAUCCAACAGGCCGAAUCUCGGAGGGGUGUCCCACGGGAGCAUUCGCGGUGUCAAUCAAGAAAAUGAGGUGCGAAAUUUCGCGGCAUUUCGGCUCAAGUUUCUUUCGACUCGACCGCGCCGGAGCCUGGGGUCUUCCGGCGGUCUAUUCAUCAAGGUUCACCCCGGGAGUUGCGGCCUAAACAAGUUCGAGGUCUACGCUGGAUUUUGAGAUUAAUUCACUCCAAAUCCGCGAGAAUUACAUGGAAAUAUAAAAUAGGAUAUCCUUUGGAGUUGGUUUUAUGAGAGUUUAAGAUCUGCCUGUUCUCAAGGCUGAACAAACCUGACUAUAUUUCUCGUGUCAUUUAUGUGAGCUCAGAUCGUCAACACUCUCAACUAUAGCUACAUCUGUUUCGUACCUUUAUAAACAUUUACAAGGUAUGGAUUUUUCAAAACCUUAAUUUUAAAGAAAUUGUGAUUUAUCUUGUAAGAAUGAACAUCAUUCAAAAUGGCGGACAUCAGAUAUGCAGUAAUGGCAUUGUAUGCUAUUACUUUCUACAGCCUUCUACAAUUCAGCGUCGCCCCAGAUGGGGGAAACCACAUCUUGCCUCAAUCUGGAGAUCUGCAAAUGGAUGACAUUCAAAUGGAAGUGGGUGAAUUGAUCCAGAAAUCAAAUCUAAGGCGAUCAAGAGCAACGGGAAGAGACGCGAUGGGGAUGAGAACUAGAGAUAAGAAGCAUAGGUCACCGCCCGACAUAGCAUUACGAACUUCUCUUGAUGCAGACGACAUCGCACGUGAUGGAAAGGCGGGAAGAAAAUUACGCACCGACCACAGCGCGGAAGGGGAGUACUCAAAAACAAGGGCGCAACUCGAUUCCACAACUGGCUUUCAAUCGAGCGGUGAUGCUCGAUCAAAUCGGGGCAAAACGGUCACCGGAAACCAAACGAAGUACGCAGGAGAUUCUUCAACUUCGAUUUCUUGUGCCUCGGGUUUCAAGAAUAAUUGUCAGCGCACUCGAUCACAAGUAAAUAAAACACGAAGUAAACACGAACAGCGGAUUGGAGACGGUAACACGAGAAGGGAACUGGUCGACGAGAAAGCUCGUCUCGCGUCAAUUGGAUUAAGAAGAAAGAUGAAUGCGUUGAAAUCGGGCAUGCUGGCGAGACGUAGUGAUCCUUUAUUACGCAUAGUACAAGCUAGAAAUAAUCCAGAGGAAAUAGUUCGUAACCAUGGUAACUCAUUUUCCAAAGAGAUGAGGGAUGGUUCUCACGAGAGUGAGCAGAACUUUCGCGAGUUAGAACUUUUUAAAGAUGGUAUCUACUGGAGUAGGGACGUCGAGAGAUUGCUUCCUAACUGGACGUCUGAAGCGGAUGUAACCGCGUGGCUUACCGAUGUUCGGUCGCAGCGUAUUGUGCGGUUGUUACCGGGAUGCGGUCGGGAGAGCAACCGGCUCGCGGUCCUCGAAAAUGGCGUCAUGUUAUGCUGUCGUUACAGACAGAACGUUGAUCAAAUUCAGGGAGAUAUCUUGUCAUUCCACUUGUCGCGGUUAAUUGGUAUCGGGAAUCUACCGCUGGGUGUUUUGAUGAAAAUCGAACCGGACAGCGAUCAGUGGAAAGCGGUUAAGAAAAAUAUCACAGCGGCUGGUUGGAAAGAAAAUCGAAUAAUCGUGGCGACAAAAUGGAUACCCGAUUUAGAACCCGCAUUCGUACCUAUUGAAUUAAAGAGUUUGAACGGAACAAUACGCAGAACACCUGUUGACAAAGAUUCCCGGAUAAGUAGAAGCCCGGAUCAUUUGGUAGAACUUAUACAGUGGUCCGAUCUUGCCAUUUUCGAUUAUGUAACCGCAAAUUUGGAUCGGGUAGUCAACACCUUGGUUAACCUUCAGUGGAACCGACACAUGCUCAUGCAACCGGUUCACAACCUCGAAAUUUCGAGGACGGAUAGACGGUUACUGUUUCUUGACAACGAAUCCGGCCUACGACACGGUUAUAGGAUGUUAGAUCAAUUUGGGCAUUAUCACGACCGGAUUCUUAAGUUGUUUUGUGUGUUUAGAGAGCAAACAGUGCAAAGAUUAAAUAUUCUCAGUGAACGGGUAAAUUUUUGGGAGUUAUUUAUGAGUAAAGUUGAAUCCGAAGAACCGUUAUUACAAAACUUGCCGUCCUAUCCGCCUAAGUUCCGAGAUGUUUUGAAAAACCGAAUGAAAAAUAUAGUUCAUCACACAGAAAAUUGUAAACGGAACGUUCUAAAGUAAUGUAGGAUUUCCCCUUCCCAUUCCCUCGCUCUUCAAAGCUAAAGCAUUAGGCCUAAUCGAGAAAGAGAGCCGGGUCUAAAUCAAUAGUGUUUUCAUGUUCAAUUAUGCGAGGCAGAUUCAAAUAAGAACUCUGAAAUUGACAGUUGAUCCUCUAGUGUAACUUCUAAAAUAAUAUUUAUAUGACGUUUUGAAAGAUGGUAUAUCAUUUUGUGCAUUUCUUGAAAAUUUUAUGGAUUUUACCAAAAUAAAUAAGGGCAGUACCAAAUAAGAUAUGAAAUUGAUAGUAGUGUACUACAGUGACUGCUAAACCAUUUUCAUCUGUCGACGUUUUUAAUUGGGUACAGAUUGUAGGCCCAAUUCUUGUUAUUAUAUUAUUCUUUGAAAAUGAUAAAAAUUCGAUGUAAUGUCCAAUGUGUUAGUAAAGUGUCCAACGAAAAAUAUUGGCUAUUACCAAUUCGACUGCCAUAAUCACAGAGCCAUCGUUUAGCCUUUCUUCAAAACCGUGUUUAUAAAUCGUAGCAAGAGUUGGGUUGAUUAACUUGAUUUUACUACUGUUAUGUCUGUUACUGGUAUUUCUAUUUUUUCUUGCACAUUAGCCUUUUCCACCAACAUUUUAGUUAUUUUAGACAGAAUUUUUUUAAAGAGUAAAAUACAAACAGUACUAUUGUGACGAUUUUAUAUCAGUAUUUUCACGGAUUGUCAUGGUAUUUUAUAAACUAUAAUAAUUAAAAAUUACUUUUUUGAUGGUCGUUGAUAUUCUAUCGAAUAAUCAUUUUUCAUAUUAUUAGCCCUACAUUAAUGGGUUGCUUUGAAGAACGAUGGGAUGAAAAGAGGCGGGAAGAUAAAAUGUUUCUGCGCAUGAUCAGACCUUGGGAAGUAAGCACUGAGCAUUAGAUUGAGUUUUACCUGAAUAUAAUAUAGGCUACUGUGUAUAAUUAUGAAGCAGUCGUUUUAUGUUUUUGUUUUCAUCCAUUUUAAUGUUCUUUCUGGCUCUUUAUUCAGCCUGCUGACAGUUCAUACACAGUAAAAAGCAAAAUUAUACAACGCUGUUUACUAUACGAACAAUACAGUAAUUGUUUAAACAGUUUAAACAAGUGUUUUAAUCU